GUUUAGCGGUUUCUUUUCAGCUCAGCACGUGACGCUGCAUCAUUUGUCAACACAAGACAAAUCAACGAUGUUAAAUCAAAUGAAUAGUAAAGAAACCCAAACCGAUUGAAGCAGUCGUCUGAAAACAAACACUGCUCUGCGUCGUGUGUAAACAUUACUGUGAAAACGAAGCACUUCCUUCAUUCUGGUGAUCACGUGACUGCAGCAGCAGGACUGUCGGUGAUGUCUGUUCUAACUGUGACUCUGAUCGCUGCGCUCAUUUGUUGCUCGUUAACAGAACAGACAGCAAAUGUUUCACCCCCGAACAUCAUCAUCAUGCUCAUGGAUGAUAUGGGCUGGGGGGACUUGGGGGUGUUGGGCCAGCCCUCUAAGGAGACCCCCAACCUGGAUGCCAUGGCAGCUCAGGGCAUGCUGCUUCCAAACUUCUACACCGCCAACCCUCUCUGUUCCCCAUCCAGAGCUUCGCUUCUCACCGGUCGGCUGCCUGUCAGAAACGGUUUCUACACUACUAAUGCUCACGCCAGAAACGCAUACACACCGCAGGAGAUAGUGGGAGGAAUCUCUAAGGAGGAGAUUUUGUUACCGCGUUUGCUGAAGAAAAGGGGCUAUGUCAGCAAGAUAGUUGGAAAGUGGCAUCUGGGCCACAGACCACAGUACCUUCCUCUGGAAAAUGGUUUCGAUGAAUGGUUCGGAGCACCAAACUGCCACUUUGGCCCCUACAACAACAGUGUCAGACCCAACAUCCCCGUCUACAACAAUUCUGAGAUGAUCGGCAGAUACUAUGAGGAGUUUAAGAUUGACAGAAAAACUGGAGAGUCCAACCUCACACAGAUCUAUUUAAUGGAAGGUCUUGACUUCAUAGUCCGUCAGGCUGAGGCUGGACGGCCCUUCUUCCUCUACUGGGCACCUGACGCCACUCACGCCCCUGUCUACGCCUCCAGACAAUUCCUAGGGAAGAGCCAGCGAGGCCGGUAUGGAGAUGUGGUGAUGGAGCUGGACUACAGCGUCGGUCAGAUCUUGUCAAGGCUGCGGACUCUGGGCAUCGACAAUAACACGUUAGUCUUCUUCACUUCAGACAACGGAGCCGCUCUUAUAUCCGCCCCAGAUGAAGGUGGCAGCAACGGGCCGUUCCUCUGUGGGAAGCAGACCACUUUUGAGGGGGGCAUGAGGGAGCCUGCCAUUGCCUGGUGGCCUGGUUACAUUAAAGCAGGCACGGUGAACUUCCAGUUGGCCAGUGUGAUGGACCUGUUCAUCACCAGUCUGAGUCUGGCCGGCAUUAGCCCUCCUGAUGACAGAACCCUGGACGGACUGGACCUGACACCGGUCCUGCUCAGCCGCUCCCACACACUUGAUAACAGGCCAAUCUUCUAUUACCGUGGUGACGAGCUGAUGGCUGUGAGGCUUGGACAGUAUAAAGCGCACUACUGGACCUGGACCAACUCAUGGCAGGAAUAUAAAAAAAGCAUUAACUUCUGUCCAGGUCAAGACGUCCCAGACGUGACCACUCACGACCAGAGAGAGCACACACAGCAGCCAAUCAUUUUCCACCUGGGACGGGAUCCUGGGGAAAAGUUCCCAAUCAGCAUUUUGACUCAGGAGUACGAGGACGUGCUGAGAAGAAUCUCUCCAGUUGUGGAGGAGCAUAAGGACUCUCUGGUGCCCGGGAUCCCUCAGCUCAACAUGUGCGACCUCGCAGUGAUGAAUUGGGCCCCCGCAGGCUGCGAGAAGUUAGGAAAGUGUCUCAAAGCGCCAAAGUCUGAGCCGUGGAAGUGCGACUGGCCACACUGAGAACAAAACUGCGGAGCCAGACAUAAGGAAAAGGAAGCAAAACCUAAAAUGUGCCUUUCUGAAAAAAACACACUAUUUAACAGGAAAUUGUUUUUAAAUGUUUUUUUGUGCAGAAAUGGUUCAGGGACAAUGUUGAGUAGAACCAAGAGACUCAUCUUGGCGUAACAACAUUCAUUUACAGUAAAUAACUUUUACUGCUGUGAUUUAAAAGAUCCAACGAGUGAACUGAGUAAAUGGAUCACGACUCAUUUCAGAGAUGUGGAUUUAUUUUGACCAUGCCUCAAGUCAUAAAAAAUACCAUGUGGGAUUCAUGGAUUGUUUCUAUUAUAGGUUGUUUUUUUUUGAAUAAAAUAUGUUUUAUUCACUCGUAUCAUACAUUUAUUGUGGGCUGAUGUAAAAA